ACAAUUUAAAUUAAUUGUUGGUUAGGUUUUUAUUUUUUGUAAGAAACGGUUUACUUAAGUUUUCUAAAAAUCUUACUACUUUGCAAAGCAGCCGAUCUUUGUAAUAAAAAAUAAUUCGUAUCAGGUCCGUUCGCGUACUUUCUGAACUAAAAUUCGUAAAAAAGAGAUAUUUUAAAGAGUGGUGGUAAAGUUCCCUCACAAAAAGACAAAACUACAAAAAAGUAAGCAAACGGGAAAUCAACAAAAUUUUCCCACAAUUUCACUGUCAACAAAAUAUAAAUUUUGAAACAUCAUCAAAUUAUUUCGUGUUUAUUUUUUUUAAUGAAUAAAUCAAGACAACAUGAACUUCAAGCAACAUCAUGCUGGCCCAUUGUUUUCUUUUUAUAAAAAAACUUGAUUAAAUUGAAACUUGAAAAUUGCAAUCUUGUAGCUGUUAUUUGGAAAAGAAUUUUUAAUUUUAUUUAAUUUAUUUGAAGAUCUAUCAAAUUUGAAACUUUUCACAAAUCAGCCCAAAGAAAUUUCUUGGGCUAAAAUUCGUAGGUUGGGGAAAUAUGUUACUAUCUCGUGAGCGUUCGCUUUUAGGAAAAACUACGAAAUUUUUGAGUACGCCAACAGGAUUUAGUUUAGUUUUUCGUAAAAUAAGACUGCUUCAGAAAGGAUUGCGAAUGGACUUAUUAUGUAUAACGUUAAAUUUAAGCCUUUUUUUGUGAGACAUAAAUUGCUAUUCUUUAAAAACAACACUCAAUGAAUUGGGUUUGCUUUCUUUUACAAAACAAAGUUAUUUUGAAGUCGAUAUUUUUGUAGGUAAAUAAGAACGUUAACACAAAUACAACCAACAGAAAACACAGUAAAAAUGUUCAAUUCGAGAAACCGCACCUAUUACAAUAACCUCCAUUGGAACAUUAAAAAAUGAGUUUAGAAGCCUAAUUUGAAAAAAGAGCUUUAUUUCUAUGAAAAGUUUCUAAUCAUAAUAUAAUGUUGGUCAGACAGGAAUUGUUUAAAAUAUAAGCAUUAACCAAUAAAUGUUUUUACACCUAGAAUUAACAAUAAUGAGAAUGAUAAGACAUAAAAGAUUAUAUCAAACAGCAUUGACGAGGCUUUUUAAAAUACCUUCAAGGAUUAAGAUAACCAUUUUUCUACUUGCAUAUGCAUUUUUCAAAAAUGCAUUAUCUGCUUCUUAUCGCCAAGUCCAAGUUAUAAUUUUUAAGCAUGUUGAAUUUUUAAUAACAAACUAGUUAGCAAUAUGCGAAUACAAUGUAGGUCAGUUAAGUUUGUUCCAAGUUAAGCGUUAAAAUGUCCAUGAAGUUCAGUAGCAAAGGACCUUUAUUGGGUAUUCGUCAUUUGCAGGUGAUAUUGUUGCUCAUAGCAAUAUUUAUCCAGAUUUAUGUGAGAUUCAGUGUGAGCAUAUCUGUUGUGGCCAUGACGAAUAGUGGUAAACUGAAUCCAAAUUUUGAAGAAUUUAAAUGGAACACUAUGGAAAUAAAUUACAUACUAGGUGGAUUUUUUUGGGGCUUCACAAUAACCCAAUUUCCUGGAAGCUUUUUAUGUCGACUUUAUGGCGUUAAGAUUAUUCUAUUUGCAUCAGUCUUAGGUUCAUCGGUAUUUGCGUUUAUUACUCCGUUUUGUGUACCUCUCGGAGGAUGGAGGAUUUUCUGUUCAAUUCGGUUUAUCCAAGGUCUCUUCCAAGGACUCGUAUACCCUUGUAUUCACAAUCAUCUCGCAAACUGGUCUCCUAUUGCAGAGCGAAAUUUUCUUGGCGGUAUUACACUAUCCGGUCAAGAUUUAGGGGCUCUUGUCGCCAUGUUUGGAAGUGGUCUUUUAGCAUCAUCAAAUCUAGGCUGGCCUGGAAUAUUCUACAUAUCUGGAGCCGUUGGAAUUGGUUGGUGUUUUGUCUGGUUGAUGUUUGGCUCUAACAGCCCAUCCGAAUCAAAUUGGAUUUCUCAUCAUGAACAAAAAUAUCUUAUUGGUUCAAUAGAUAAAACAACAAUAACAGAAAGUAUCCAAAAGAUUCCGGUUCCAUGGCGAGCUAUUUGGACAUCUUCGCCAUUUUGGGCUUUGCUUGUGUCUGUUUGUGCAGAAGCGUUUGGCUUCACUACUCUUGAAGCUCAAAUUCCUUCGUAUUUGGAUGGAGUUCUUGAGGUGGAUAUCAACAAAAACGGGCUGUACUCAUCCCUCCCAUAUUUAGCAUUGUGGUUAAUGGGGUUUGUGUACUUGUUUGUUUCAAUAGUUUUACUGAAGAAAAAAGUUCUCACAUUGACAAUCCUGCGACGAACUUUUAACACCCUUGCACUAUGGCUACCUGCUGUUGGAUUUAUUGGCAUUGGAUUCAUUGAAAAAGAACAUAAGCUACUUGCUAUAAUCUUAUUGACUGUCAUGAUGGGACUACAUUCCGGGACAACUAUUGGAAGUUCUCUAAACACUCUGGAUCUUUCACCAAACCAUGCAGGAAUGCUUGUGGGUGUUUUAUAUACGUUAGCCAGUGGAUUUGGUAUUUUGUCACCUUUAACUGUGGGGCUGAUAGUUCACGAUCAACACGAUCGCAGGCAAUGGCAGCUUGUUUUCAUAAUCUCAGCACUUGUAUUUUUUUUGGGGAAUUUAUUUUACACAAUAUUUGGUUCAACGGAAGUGCAGUUGUGGAACGAUUCGAACUUUCUUCCGGCAAAAGGAGAUACACACAUUAGAAACAAAGACAUUGAAAAACAAAGUAAAUAAUUUAUUUUCAAACGAACAGGGCUAAGAAAUUUUGUUUGUUACAAAUGUAAAAUAUUUUCGCAACGGGAACAUAAUAUUUGAAAGAAUUAGAUUUUGAAUUUUUAAGAAAUUUAAAAAAAAUGUUAUUUACAUGAUUUCAAAAAACAUUUGUUCGAGUUUAUAUAAAUCCUCAAACUCAGGUAAAAUUUGUGUAAUGUUUUUAUUUAAGUAAAAGGUUAGUUUUGUAUCCUAAAGGUA